GAGCAGCAAAACUACGUAUGGGGUUUGUGCUGUGUCUGUUAACAUAUUUCUUCUCUCCUUCUCACAGCUAGUUCAGUGAUUUGUUUUUGAAGGAGAUUCAGGGGAAACCCAUGGGAUUAUGGAUGCAAGGGCUGUCCUAGCUCAGCCCAGUCACCAGUCUGCAGUAAAGAGCAAAUUGAAAAUACCUGAAUGACGUGAAAGGACCCUCAGACUGAUUCCUCAGUAACCUAAGACGAUCUAAUAUCCAGCAGAAAUACAUCAAAAAGCAUGGAAGAGAAGGUGAAACAAGAAGAGCAAAGUGCAGAAGAAUCAGCUUUCCUGGAAGCCCUACUAGAAUUUCAAAUUGAAAGAAAAGAAGCAGCAAUUGAUAAGGUUUUGUUUGAUUUGAAACAAGUGGAAAAAAAGAACAAAGAAUACAAUGAAAGAAAUGACAACCUGAAGGAGAAACAGCAGGCACACAUCAGGCGUAUACUAAGAAGAAUAGAGGAAAAGGAGCGAGAAAAAGAUGCAAAAGAGGUUGUAACUAGGGAUGAUGUGGAAGAAUUACUGAAAGACAAAUGGCAAUAUGCCAAGGACAAAGAGCAAAUUCUAAAAGACCUGCGCUUCCAAACAGAAGAAACUGACCAACGACUUUCAGUAAGGCAGAGUGAGAGGGAUUAUUGGUUGGACUACAAAAAUGUAGGAAGUAGGACGGAUGCCAACAAGAUUAAGAAUCUGAAAAAAGACAUCAAGGAAGUCAAAGAUGACUUUCAGAGGUCUUCAGAAUAUUACAGAAAUGCUCUGAAAGCAGUGAAAGAAGAGAAUGCUACUCUGGUUGAGAUGUACAUGAAGAAAAAUAAGGAACAGGCCCCAGAGAACGCUGUAAGAUACUUAGACAAAAGCAGCUGCAGAGAAAUUGAAGAGAAUGAGUGGCUAAAGGAAGAGGUUAAACUGUACCGAAAGGAAGUGAGAGAUCUGAAAGCCUCUGUUCAGCUCCUGGAAGAAGAAAAUAUCAGUUUAGUGAGAAAACUGAUGGAUAACAAAAUUCAGAACCUGAGAGUACCCAGGCAUUUGUUUCUUACUCAGGCAGCUGGCUUGCAAGAUGAAUCUCUCCAGGAUGAAAGUAAAGCAGUAGAGCAUAGAGAGUAUUCAGGUAACACACAUGCCAGCAGCUUAUAAGAACUGAUAAGUCACUGGACAUUUAAAAGCUUAUUUCUUAUGGUUUCUCCAAACUGCCUGUAAUUUCCCACUCAAAUGAAUCCACCACAGUAAUGAUAAAAUGUAGCUUGGAUUAGGAAGAGACAACACAAUCGGUAACAUAGUUCUAAAACUGAAAUCAGUGUUUAGACUGUUGAAUGUCAUUACUCAUAGAGCUAGCCAGGAGCUUGGCUAAUGGAAUCAGCCAUCUUUUACAAAGAUGUGAUUCAUAUCUUAAUCAGCUCUUUACUGAUCCAUAUCAUCGUAACUUCACUAUCGUAUCUCGUCCUGGGGAGGACACGCUGCUUUCACGUGAUGCCCACAUGCACCUUGCACUUAUUCAGCUCAUAGAGCUAUUGGAAACUGUUCCCUAGCAAGAGCAGGUGAAGCUGCACAGAGCCCAGCCUGACCUUCAAAUCUUGGUAAGAUGUAUCGGGCUCGGAGCUGGCUGGUAGGUGUGGAUUAGAUGCCUGUUUGCUGUGACAGGCUCAGCGCUGCUACCUGUGCUGUAUGCUCACAGUACUUGGUGGAGGAGCUGGGAUCAUGUCACUGUCACAGACCUACAUGUCAUUUGUCAUUCUGUGUCAAGAACUGUCAUCCUGAGAGUUGGUCAGCUGCAAAUCUGAGCUAUGAAGGGAAAUUGUAAGAAUAGCUGUGUAUCAGGAACAUACGGAGAUGCAUACAGAGAAGUAACUAUUUCUGCUGUAUUUCCUAUUUUGUAAGUAUUUGUGGCUAUAGCUGUUUAUUACAUUACACUGUCAAGCCACAUUAAAGAUUAUAAGCAGUGCUGCUACUGACAACUAAUUGUGAUCUUCAUAAAGUUUUAACAACUACACACAUCAUUUUUGUCUUCAAAAAAGCAA